AUGACGACCGCCGCGCCUGCAUGGAGGAUGAAGUUCUACCCUCUGUGGCCCGAGCUGAGAGAAAUGAUGGCAGAGAAGUACGCGGAAGCUGGCGUGGGGAAGGACAUAUUCUACUAUGUCAUCUGCAUGUUCCCUGGAAAGGAAAACCUGGCCAUGCGCAAGGCGUCAGAGCGGCGGAGCAAUUACAACGGCGACAUCAAGACUUACGGGCGCGGCCCGGGCGGGUGCGUCCCAGAGAGUAAAUGGAAGGAGUUGGCGGACGAAGGAGUGGCGCCGCAGUGCAGCAGGUCCCCUUCGGAGUGGACCGUGGAAUGGCCUCUGGCAAAUGCCAGAGGGCGAGUGAACCCUGCACUUGACGGUUCCGAGACCGUGAACCAGCAGAACGUCGAGGUGAAGAUCGGGCACCUGGUCACCUGGAUUAGGGAGACAUACGAGAACGGAGACACCGCGAUCUGGGACCCGGUUGCUCCUGCUGGCUUCAGGUUGUCCCCCAACGUGAAGCUAUUGAUUGAGGGUUAUGAGUCUCAGGUGUUCCCUGCAGGAUUACCCUAG